AUGUCAAAACAAACUUCCAACAUACAUUGUAUGAGCAGUUAUUCAGAAGAAGUAAAAAAGAAAAAUGAAAUUCUUCACGAGAAGUUAAAGGAUUCAAAGCAAGAAACCAAACGAACAAAAAGAAGAGAAGAAUACUGGAAAACAAAAUGUACUCGCUUAGAAACCUCAGCAGACUCAACUGUAGAGGAAUGUCACAAAUUCAUAAGCGAAUUACAAGAGGAAAAUGAUGACCUCAACAAUGUUCUCAGAGAACUUCGGAAAAUUUUAAAGGAGAAGGAGGAGGAAAUUUCAGUAAUGUCUGAGUUAUUACAAGAAGCAAACAAAAACGACGUGAUUCGCUUGUUUAAUAAAAAAGAGAAAGCAUUCACACCUCAGCUUCAUCUAUGUGUCUACACUCUUCUUGAGCACAAUGUUCCUGCUACCCAGAUUGAACCAACUAUUGAAGCAUGUUUAAAGUUGGCAGGAAAAAAACCUGAUCAUCUUCCAUGUCAGACAACUAUUGCAAAUAUGAACAUACAACGUCUUUCACUCGCUAAAAAACAACUGGAGGAAAUAUUACCCGAGAAAAAAAACACUACGUUACAUACAGAUGAAACUUCAAAGUAUGGCAUAAAGUAUGGUGGGUUUUCGGUUCGUGACGAAGAUGGAUCUUAUUUUGUUUUAGGUCUGCGUGAAAUGGCAACCAAGUCAGCAGAGAAUACUUUAGACACAUUUAAGGAUAUUUUAGAGGAUAUAUCUGAAGCAAAUAACAAAACUCUUGAACAGGGAACAAAAUUUUGGGCAGCAUACAAAACACAAUGA